CAAAAUUUCAUUCGUACGCACAUUCAUAGCGACAAUUACAACCCCAUAUUCAAAUAAUUCAACUAUUAUUAUAGUUCAUCUUUUCAAUUUGAUUUCUAAGAUUGAGAGAAAACGUGGUGUGUGUGUGGAUUGAUUCAUCAAAUUGAGAUUUUGAUAAGAGACUCGAUAAUCGAUGGAUCUGGAGGUUGUUGGUCGGCACGCCAUGCUGUUCGACGACGACGGCAUGGCGGCGUUCGUGAACUCACCGGAAGCUCUCGUCGAUUGGAAUUCUCUCUCAAUUGAUCGCUACGAUGUUCGCCACCUCCUCCCCGGUCCUAUUCCUCCUCGCCUCAAGCGCCGUCCUCUUCAUCCUUCUUCUUCUUCUUCCCUCGAAGCUGACCUCGAUCAUCAACGCUAUCUCGAUCUUCGUUCAUCUCCUUCUCACGAACAACCACAAGGUAACCUACUAAUUCAUUCAUUAUUCUGCUUUUAGUUUUUAUUAUUUCUUUUUUCUAUUCGGUUUAUUCGUCUUUUGAUUCUGUUACGGUUUAUUUUUGCGAAUUAGACUUCUCUUUUAUUUGGAGUUGCUUGUAUGUUAUUGUAUUUAUUGUUUUAAGUGGAUAUAUAUAUAUAUAUUAUGGUUUCGAUUCGAGAAUAGCUGUGAAGAUUGAUCGGUGAUCUUGCUUUAUGUUCAUCUCACGAGAGAAAUCCGUCGUUUGUUAAUUACUCAAUCAAGGCUCUGUUUGAAUAAUCAGCUAAAUUAAGUGUUUUGUAGCUUAACACUUACUACUAUGGAAUGAAAUAUAAGAAAAAAUUGUAAUUGAAAAGUUGAUGUAUCUGUUAAAAAUUAUAUUUCAUUGUGGAGGGAGUAUUAUAUAAGUGCUUAUACCUCAGCUACCAUUUUUAACAGGAUACAUCAACUUUCAGCCACCAUUUUUGCUUAUAUUUCAUUCUAGAGAGAGUAUUAUAUAAGUGCUUAUGUAUAAGAUAUUUCUAUAACAAAAAUAUAAAAUAAAGUUAAAGUGUUUUCAUAUAAGUUAUAAGUUGUUUUCAUUAGUUAUCAUGGAGAGCUUGUUUAUAGGUCUGUCAUAAGCUAUUUCCUCACGCUCUUUCAAACAAUCUCGUAAGUGUAUAUGCCAAUAGAUAAACUCAAAUAAGCCUAUUCAAACAGAGUCUAAAUGGAAGAUAGUCUGAUUAUUAAGGAUAGAAGAAGUUAUAGGAGAAUUUUAGGAAUAACUAUUAAACAGUUUUGCUGAAAUUUUUGUUUUUGGUAGCACAAACUUAGUGAAUAAGGCUUUAAGGCUUGGUUGUUAUGGGCUGUAGCUGCAAUAUUAGAAUGUUUCCUUAUUGGAUAAAAUGAUUGCAUCAACAUAUUCUAGUCUAAUGAUUAAUUGUAGAUCUAUCCUCUUUAUUGUUAUACUGAAGAGACUUAUAUUUUUAAUUUUAAACAUAUUGUGAAAAGGAAUCAUGGGUAAUUAAUUUCCCAAUAUUUGCUUUUGAAAGAAAUGAGCGUGAACAAGUCUUUUCAAUUGGUUCUCAUUUCUUGGACAUAUCCAUAUAUUUGCUUGAGAUAUGUUAUUUAGUUGAGGGCUUGAGGUAACUAGGUGAUUAAGCAAUGUUGCCUGCUUACUAUGAAGUCUGUUUUUCUGGUGGAUGUUAUGACAACUUUUUUACAACUUCCACCUAAGAGUAUGUUGAGUUUUUUGUGUGUACAACCACAAUCUCUACAUUUGCAGGAUGCAAUGUAAUAUGCUACAGUUCCUGUGUCAGACUACAAGUAAGGAUGUUUUCAAUUGGCUUCCAUUUUCUUUUAGUUUCUUUGGUGUUAGUGCUAUUACUGUUUUAGGUGAUGAUAUUAUUGUAGUUGAGAAUUAUAUGUGAUUCUGAUGAAGAUGUCACCUUCCUGUGUCUGUUUAGAUAAUGAUUCAGGUGCAAUGAAUUCAGCUGGCUAUCGUGCUGUUGCAUUUUCAUAUGAAAAUUUUAAUGUGUCCACUGAGACAAAGGACAAUGAUACUGAGUCUGGUUUCCGUCCUAAUUUUCCAGUACCAGAAAGCUUACUUCAUAACCUGUUUCAGAUGCUUGGAGCAUAGACGAAGUUCUUGUGACUCAAGGUAGCCAUUCACAGGCACCUUUUUUUCCUUUUGAUGUCAUGAAAAGGGGCCGUGCAGGUGGGAUUAGGAUGGUAGAAAUUCGUUGAUUCUUUACCUCUUGAGAGAAAAUGGGAUGAAACAUAUCUUGAUAAAGCUCUGUAUCUUGAUCUUUAUGAUUAUUCAAGUAUAUAUGAGCCUCCAAAUGAAAAAAUACAUCAGAUUAUUUCAAGGACGGCAAUGUUUGUCAGCAAACAUGGAAGCCAAUCCGAAAUUAUUCUGAGGGUGAAACAAGGAGAUAAUCCAACAUUUGGGUUCCUGAUGCCUGAUCAUCCUAUUCAUCCAUAUUUUAGGUUUCUUGUUGAUCAUCAAGAACUUCUGAAAGUUGACAAAGAUGAUGGAGACUCAACUUUGGACAAGAAUAGAAGUCAGGGGCUGGAUCAAACAGGUGGUGCUUUGUCUUUGCUUGGAUCUGUCUAUGGAUCUGGAGAGGAUGAGGAUGGUACAACUGAAAGUACUAGCGACCUUGAGAGAAACACACAUGUGGGAGCUGUUGAUACUGCUACUACUUAUGCUUCUCCUGGGAUAGAACAGGCAGAAUCUUCUUCAGAUGCAAUCAAAAAGGACAGAAGCAUUUCUAAAAACUCAAUUCCUUUGAAAGAAAAAGUUCCUGUUAUAAAGCGGAAUCAAUCUAUUAGUAAUGUUAAGACAGCAACUUCAGCUAAGGCAAAAACAGGUGAUGCCCCGGAUUCAGGGUCUAGUGGUGCAAACAAAUCACAGACUUUUGUCCCUAGUACUGCUAAGAUUGAACUGCCUGUUGUUGAACCUCCAUCUGACAUAAAGAGAGUUAUUGAGAGGAUAGUUGAGUUCAUCGUAAAAAAUGGCAGACAAUUUGAGGCUGUUCUUGCUGAACAGGAUCGUGCUCAUGGAAGGUUCCCAUUUCUUCUGCCGUCUAAUCGAUAUCAUUCUUACUAUCUGAAAGUUCUUCAAACUGCUGAAGAAGAGUCUAAGUUACCAGGCAAGGGCUACCAGAAGCACAACCCAGCGGGUCGUGCAGGGGAUACUAACACUGCUGUACACGAAGAAAACGACAGUCUUUCAAUUGGAUCUAUGGAUUCUGACCUACCAAAUGACAUGGAUCGGAAAGAGAAAUUCAAAAUGAUUAUUGGCAAGUCAAAGAAGGAUGGUCAAGAUCCUACACUCAAAAACAGCCAAUCUCAAACCACAAUUAGCAUGGAUGCGGCGGCAACUGCAGCUAUUCUUCAGGCGGCUACUAGGGGUAUUAAAAAUCCCAAGUUAGAAUUUUUUACUAAGACGUCAAGUGGAAAUGGUGGGAAUUUGUCGAGCUCUGGGAGUUUGCAUUCAUCUCAACUGCAGGGUUUUGUUCAACAUCGCAAUCUGAAUUUGGAAGGUAGAGCUUCUGUGCCUGUUGCCAAGGCAAUUGCAGAAACAGUAGCUAUUGCAGCAGCAGGUGAGGCAGACUCCUCUGAAGCACAUAUGACUAAAGAGCAAAAGCUUAAGGCAGAGAGAUUGAAACGAGCAAAGAUGUUUGCAGCCAUGAUUAAAAGUGGAGUUGGAGCAUUUAAAAGUGAACUGCCACGAGCUUUAUCUGUUGAGCCACCAGGCUCUGGACUUUCAGGUUCAGAUGCCGAGGUUGGAAAUUUUGCGGGUAAAGAAAGGGAAGGAAGUUCUGUUCCAUUUGAUGCUGAUAACUCAGAUAAAAGUCACAUGUCUGAGGCAAAGCUUUCUGAUGAUAAUUCAGAUAGAAGUCACAAAUCUGAGGUGAAACUUGCUAUUGAUAAUAAUAAUGAAAGGCGAUCAAAAAGAAAGUACCGCUCAAGGUCCAGUAAACACGAAGAGGAGGAGGAGGAGGAGGAAGUAGAAGAAAAUAAAGAAGAUAUAAGGGAUCACAAACGAUCCAGAAAAAAGCAUCGAUCGCAUAGAUCUUCACACAGAAGUCGGGAUAGGGAUGCAGACAGAGAAAGGGACAGAAACAAGCGGAAGCACAAGAGAAGAGAUUCCUCCUCCAAAGACAAGUAUUCAUAUAGGGAGAGUAAGCAUGACAGCUCCUCCGAUGAUGAGCAUCAACACUUGAGGCAUCAUCGUAAAUAUGAUAGCUCCUCUGAUGAAAAGCACCACUCUUCUCGACGACAACAUGAGCAUAGACAUUCACAAUCACCAGACUGUGAGCAUAGACAUUCGCGUAAACAUUAUAGUUCAUCUGAUGACGAGGAGCAUAGGCACCGAAACAGAAAUACAAAGCAUAAGAGCAGAUCUCAUGCAGAAAGAGAGGUAGAGUUGGAGGAGGGUGAGAUAGUGAAAUCAGACAAGUCACAAGCAAGUGAGCUUGGGAGGGGUAGCAGAGAGGCUUCUGUAGGAUUAUCUAAGUCUACAAAGGCACCAUCUCAAUCACCUGAAGUAACUGAUGUUUCCGAUGAGCUUAGAGCCAAAAUCAGAGCCAUGUUGAUGGCUAAUAUGUAAAAGCAACAUUAGACUCAUAAUGGCAUUGUUUAUUCUCGUUGACAUCAUAUUUCCUUUGUUCACAAGGUAGAAAUCAUUUAUGUUAAAUUAUUGCUAGUAUUUUCAA